CGCGCCAAUAGGAUCUCGCUAGCUCGUGCUUGGCUCUGCCCACUAUGACUAAUUUGUUUCCAUUUGACACGACAGGCUGUGGUCUAUCUUGAUUUAGUUAAAAUUCUUCCUAGUCAGACUUGUUGCCUCCCACAAUGUAUCAAGGCUAACUGUUUUUGUCAAGCGACAGGUUUAGGAGGCCAGUGGCUGUGCGCAUGUGGUUGUGGAUGAUUCAGCGAGAGUCGAGUCCAGUGAGCAGAGCACUUGACAGCGACGAGCUUAGCAACACUAGCUAGCUACUGAACAAGUGAAACAAGCGUUUUUUCGGACAAUGAAUAUUUGACAAGAAAUUUUAAUGAACAAAUGACCACUAGGAGAGAGGCGACGACAAAAUCUUGAUGCUUUGAUGGACCAUACAUAGCCAUACGCCUGGCUGAAGAAAAAAAAACCAUCUGCUUCAGGGAAAGGUGUUAAUGUUACUUGACAACUAGCCAUAAUGUUUUGGAUUUGACUUGCUCAGUCAUAGAUAUGGUGCUUUCAUAUCAAGCAGUGUUUGUAAGGCCAUUUAACUGAACAUUUUUAUUGAGGUAACUAGCUAGCCAGGCUACUGCUGGCUUGAAUUUGCUAGCUAGCUUACUAGCCAACGUUAGCAAUUGGACCUGCACUUGUUAUUCAAUCAACCAGCCUAUUCACUCCUCAAUUCAGGAAUUUGCGGUCGUGCAUGUUAAUGCAUCAUCUGUUUCAAUAGCUUUGCCAGCUCUGCACACCCAUGAUCCAGCAGGCAGCUGAUGGAAGAUCCGGUUCCCAACUUGCCCACCAUGGUCUCCAGGCUACCCAAGUUUGGCUCGCGCCCCACGGCCGUGGCUGCCACCGCCCCACUGACCAAUGGGACCCGCCACCACCCUGCCUCCAGCACCACAGGCAAAGGGUUACCCACUUCCACCACCAGGCAGAACGGAACAAUCCGUAUGCCCUCCUCCUUCUCUCUGAAGUGGAAGAAGGGGAAAGGGGGAGACCCUGUGGAGAGGGGGGUGGACUCAUGGGAGGAGCACAGAACUGGAGCUGGGCAUCACCCCCGACAACCGCAGCACUUACCAAUGGUGGUACGGGAGAUUAAGAAGCCGUCUAGCAUGCCUGCCACAGUUAAGGUACAGGGGUGUGCUUCCACCUGCCCCAGGACUAUACGCUCCAGAACUGGGUCUCGCGGGGCCAUCCCCAAACAGGCCUUGUCUGGACAGAGUCUCGGCAAUGGGAAAGCAGGUCUAAACGGCCAGGCGGGUGGUGGUGGGCGGUCUGGGACCGGGUCACUCAGGCGGGGCCAAAGCCGUGGUUCUCCCCACAGCAACCUGACCAGCAGCGUAUCCCAGUCCAGUGACAGCCUGGAGACGGCCACAGAGGAGAACAUGUUGCGCUCCCAGAGCCUCACCCACGUCAAGAGGAUCCCCUCCCCCACCGAGCCACCCAUCAUCCGCUCCUACUCCUUCAACAGGGCCUCGGAGCUUGCCAAGGAGCUGCCCAGGCCUCUAGCCAAGUCCCCGCUGGUCAAGACAUCUCCCCUGGCCAGACCCACCACUGUGCUGAGUAGUGGGGGGAGAGGAAAAGGCCUACAUCUUAGUAAGGGUGGACCUAGGCCAGGCAGGGCUGGGGUGGGAACAACUAGCUGCAUCUUGCCACCCAUCACACUGAGGAAGUCCUUACUACCUAGUUCAGCCUCCUCCACCACCAAGCCUUCGGCCCUCAGCUACAGGCUCACACGACCCUCCCUCAUCAAGCAGCCUCACCCUGUCCUGGCCACCACCUCCCAGAAGGUCCAUGGCAACAGAAAGGAAAGCGAGGGGAGGAGGAACUCGGUGGAGAUGCCCCCUGUCACCCCAGACCCGAUCAGCAUCACUGACAGCCCAGGGAGCACCACAGAGGGCCUGCUAGAGGAGCCUGUGGGCCCCAGUGGGGUCCAUCCCCUGGGGGAAGGUCUGGAGGACAUGUCACUCUCAUCCACCUCCUCCCUGGAGCACGACGACACCAGCGAGGAGUACAUGGACGAUUUUGACAACCUGGGAAAUGGAGGAGACGGCAUUCUGCUGCUCCCGGCCCAGAACGGAGGGCUCGACCAAUCACAGCCUGACUUGGAUGAUGACAACGCAGACGUCAACCGACGGCACGGUGGAACCUCCAUGACUGGCCUUCACAGCUUCCUGUCUGAGAGUGUGGACUGGGCCAGGAUAGGACUCACUGGGGGGUUGUCUCGGCGUACUAGCCAGGCCCUGUCUGGGGGUGCAGAAUACCCCCUUGGCUCAUCUCUGGACCUGUCCCCCUCAGACUCUGGCUCGGGGGGGACCUACAUGUGGGACGAGGAGGGUCUGGAGGCCCUUGGGACCAUCACACACCCCUGUGGGAGUUACGACUCAGACCUCAACAGCAUGGACAUACUCAACAACCUGGACAACCUGGAGUCUGGGUGUGACCUGGAUGACGAUGACCUCAUGCUGGACGAUGACCUCCCUGAGCAUGGCUCCUUGCACAGUGAUACUGAUGGGAUGUCCCAUCUGACCCACUGGAGAAGACAGCUCUGUUGGACUGCAGAGGAUCACCUCCACAAUGACAACCGUGACGUUGGGUUCCAGCCGUAUGAUGGGUACCAGGGCACAGGCUUGGCAGGUCUUCACCAGGCUGUGGAGCUCGACGAGCUGACAUUGAAACACAUGGCGGAGGACUGCUGCUCUGUCAAGACCCAGCUAGAACACUUGAAGCUACUGCUGCAGGUGGAGGGUGGUAGUGAGAUGGACAACACUCUGGAUACAUUGAGUCCAGAAUCCAGAGAGGACCCCGUUCAAGCUCGACAGGUGGAGGAGCUGUUGAAGGAGGUGCAGGAGCUGAGAGAGGAGUUGAGAAGUAAAGAUAGGAUCAUUGCUCAGCUCACCAAGCAUGUGGCUGUUCCUGUCGAGCCCACGAGAUGCCACUGCCAGCAGCACAGGGACGUGGAAAGAGUGACGGUGACCUACCAUGACAAGGCCACACAGACUCCACCGUGGAGGGAACAUGCUCCUCAAAUACUACAGCCUUCCAGGCCAUGGCCCAACAGCAUGCAGCAACCCCAGCCCCAGGAAAGACUAACAAGCUCAGCCCACACCGAGGCCCCCCGAGACUCCUCCAACCCUGGCUGUGGGGACUCGGCCAGAAUGAUCCCUGCCCCUAGCCUCCCACAGUCCCCCGGCUCUCUGAAAAUAGCCUCCAUCACUAAGAGGCCACAGGAAGGCCCCACAACAAACUCCACCCAGACGUCCAUGGCAGGCUUCCCCAGGGUGGUGAGAGGAAUCCAGUGUAGGAGCAGUCUCAGGCCGGGCUUCACAGCUCCACAGUCCCGGCUGCCCCCACCUCCCUUCAGAGGUCUGCCCUGCUACAGCUCCGCGAACCAGGCCUCUGCCUCCUCCCAGAGCCCUGUACUGCCGGCCUGCCCCCGGACCAAAGCACCCAGACAGACUCCAGGCCUCAGAGAACCAGAGAUUGGCGGACUCAAGGCCAGAGGUCUAGUCCAUCCCAGCCUCUUACGACUUCCCAAGCCAAAGAGCCACUGACUGCUAUCUCUCAACUCUCAAACAUUGCCAUGUAGCAAGACCACUCAGCACCACCUUCUACCCAUUCAAACCCAAAAGAUCUGACUUCUUCUAAAGGCUUCCAGGCCUCACCUCAGCAAGGUUACAGUGUCUACCCUGUAAGAAAGGAAGACUUGUAGAUUAUAUCCGAAAUAACAAACUAGGUGGUUCAAGCCCUGAAUGCUGAUUAGCUGACAGCCGUGGUAUAUCAGACCGUAUAUGGGUAUGACAAAACAUUUAUUUUUACUGCUCUAAUUACGUUGGUAACCGGUUUAAGCAAUAAGGCACCUCGGGGGUUCGUGGUAUAUUGCCAAUAUACCACGGCUAAGGGCUGUGUGCAGGCACCCCGCGUUGCAUCGUGCAUAACAACAGCCCUUAGCCGUGGUAUAUUGGCCUUAUACCAAACCUCCUCGGGCCUUAUUGCGUAAAUAAACAUAUGACCCCACAGACUAUUUUAGCUAGCCUGCUGCGCUUCCAGUAAGACUCACUCAAGGUCCGGAAUAAAAUUGACCCGUGUACAUUUGGUAAAUGCCUUAUACAAAGGCGUCAAGCAUAACACAAUAAUUGUUUUUCCCCUCCAAAAACACGCUUCAGUACAAUCUGUCAAAUCCAAUUUUAUUUGUCACAUGCGCUGAAUACAACAGGUGUAGACCUUACCAUGAAAUGCUUACUUACAAGCCCUGUGCAGAGUGUUGUCUAGAUCAGUUAAAUGCAGAUAUUGUUUGCGUGAAAUGUUGUUUCAAAGUGUUAACUUUCAGGAUGCUUGACACUUUUACAGUCCCUCCAGAACUUUUACUCUCUGGCCAAAACGUAUCCCAGAUGAUGAUUCUGCAUGCAUAGGGACACCGCAAGUACAACUAUCUGGCCUUAAUAUAGCAUUUAGGUGCCCUAAUACUAGUUGACUUACUGAACUACUACAUGAUACCUGUAUGUAGUUGUUGCGCCUAGUAUAGCUAUUGACCUGAUGUACUCUCUGAACAGUGUCCUAGAUGAAUGAAGACAAUAUUAUAACACAGAAAAACGGUUACAGGAACAGAGAAUCCCUUUUGACUUGAGGGGGGAACACUUUUAGAAGUGCAGAUAUUUUGGUUAUAUAGACUAGAGAAUUUAGUUAAAUCAGAUAUUGUCCCUCUGGAUAAACUGGGGAGAUUCUAACAGCUGUGUUAGGUUCUAAAGUUCCCCUUGCCACUUCUCAGUAUUACUUCUCUCUGGUUUCAAAACACCUUUAUUCUUUCUGCCUUGUUUUGGUGCACGUGUUUUGGUGCAUUUUCAAAAGUAGCUGUAGCUACCACUGUCUACCGACAGUCAGUCAGUCUGUCUGUCUUGUCUGUUGCAGUUGGAUUGAGACACAGGGAUAACAGAGAUCCAUCCGGAGGAGCCAUCUUGUGCAGUUGGUGCUCUGACAGAGCUGUCUUUGUUUCCCCGUGCUUCCGUAAUGAGAAGGUCUAGUUUGGUCUGUAGGAAGAGGCCUCCUACACGCUACUGUAAUGACGCUGCAGAAGAGAAGCUUCUUGAUGUGCUUCAGGCCAGGCCCCUUAAUAGAAGGGGAAAGAAAGAAAAGAAAAAUAAAGAAAAGGUCCUAGCAUGAAACAAUAUUGUGUUAUAGUGUGCUGGCUUGUGGUGACCAUGUGAUUCCGUAGUGGUGUCGGUUCCAGUUGGCAUGGUUACGCGGCCGAGUGGCUCGGCAGAGGGGUGUGUUGAUGUCAAGUGGUUGAAGCACAUGCUCAGUGUGUCCCUGUCAACAGCAGGGCCAGACUCAUUCCUACGGUAUAACACCCACCCUCCAUGUCUUCUACCACACCUUCUUCUCUCAGUCCUUCCCCAAAGGGUCCCAUUGAGUGUGUCACUGUGGGCCAGCGUGUCAAGGAGGGUAGAGAGGGAUACGACUCUCAUUCCUCUUCUUCAAAGCCAUAAUGUCUAACUACUUCCUGGUCCGUCGCUAUGUUUAGUCCUAGAGAGCUUUAAUUAGGAGCCUAAUGGGCGCCAUUUAUACCCUUGACCGAUCAGGUCCUUAUUUCCCUUAUGUCGUAACUGACCUUUUUGAUCCCAAGUCUUCUGAUUGGUUGGCUCAGCAUACGUUGUAGAAUGCUCUGAGAGGAACAACAUCACCCAGUCAACACAGUCUCAAAGAUAAGAUUGAGAAUGCCUAUUUCUGUAACUUAAUUUGGUCAGUCUUCUUCCCCCACUAAAGCUUUCCAUGCUUUUCUAUGCAACACAGUUGUGCCCUACUCAUGGAAGAUAAGUCUCAUUGGUACAUAGUUGUAGACAAUGUGCUGUUGGCCUUCAUGGACCCCUCAUUAUGAUCCUAUGUUAAGCCAGCUGGAAAGUGUACUUGAUAUCCCAAGCGCUUGUCUUGCUGCCACACAGCUCUUGAAGUAUUUGUCUUCCCAUUUCUAAAUGAUUGAAAGCCAUGCCCCAUAAAGGUCAUGUACCCUUGUGUUAUAUUUGUCAAGCGUUUCGAAGUACAUUCGGCAGCAUUCCUAGCCUGGUUCCAGAUCUGUUCAGGCUUUUUCUGACUCCAUUGCUGUCAUUGUCAAGCCAAACGUGUUUGUCAUGAUGAUGAGUGUAAAGGAGUUGGCAUGAUGCACAAACAGACUGGCAACAGCAACCCCACAAAGUAUGUACAUGACAUCACUCCAACAGUCCCGGGACAUGAGAAAUGUCACUCCAAAUCAAUUCUCCUAUUUGGAAUGCAAGGCUGCUUCCCCAUCCCACCCAGAUAAGAACAACAUGCUUUUUAUACAUUUCAUAUCUUCAAAUGAUAAACAAACAAUAAACUAACUACUAUUUGAGGACCUGUAGGGAAGAGAACGAGAUGCAUUUGAUCAAUUCCUGUUUGACAGUGAGAGUCCUUGAUUUAAAGGAUUUAGAAUAUUCAGGGGUGGAAAUGUUUUUAGAUUAACGAGAUCUUAACAGAAGCUCAACGUAUUUACCUCUGAGAAGUUCUCACCCAAACCCCCCCCCCCCCCAAAUAGUGACCUAAAGUUAUUGAAAAGGGUUGCGAUGUAUUAAUAAUGCAUUAUUAUUUUCCGGUUGUCUAGCUUUGGCUUACCAUAAUAUGGUAUGUAGAUUGAACAAAAAACUUGCCCUUGAAUUGACUGUACGGCCAACAGGGUAUCAUAUGGUCAUGUAGCAGCAAUACUCUUCUUGUGUAUUACAAAAGUGCCUGCUUUUGUGACUUCAAUUCCCGUGGUCCUGAACAUUUGGUGUGAUCUCCAUCUCUUUGAUUAAACUAGGUCCAUAUAGAUAGUUGGGUAUGUCGAUGAGUGAGUGUUCCUCCUGGAGGAAUGGAACUGUACGGUAGAGUAGGCCUAACUGUGUUUGCUGAAAGGAGAGAGUGAGUCUGCCUUGGGUUGAUAGGUAUAUCCCUUUCUGUAUCCCUCCGCCCCUCUACAGGGUUCAACACAGGGUUAUGCGUUAUGCCCGCGCAGCCUAGCAGAUGUUAGACUGCCAGUCACACUUAGUAUUUACUGUCACAGGCUCACUCUCAACACAUUCUGACUGGGAAGGGCAAAUCUGUUUGUGUCUCUUUCUCACUACAGUAACAUUCUCUGUAACACAGGCCAGGUUAGUGGAGCUACAGUACUGUAUUUGGAAAAGCAGGCCAAGCUAUGCUUCCAGUGCUGACAGCUCGCAUGCUUUGAUGCUCUCUGGUGUGCCUCCUCUUUCUUGUAAGCAGUCUUGAGGAGAUUUGUCUCUGUGUUGCCGUCUCUUUCCGACUUCCCAAAUCUCCGUUUUAAGGCUCUUUUUACUAGCUUUUUUAAAUGUAUGCAUUUUUAUUGUAUUUAUAUUUUAGAAAUGCUGAAACUGUAGUUUCAUUGAGGAAAUGACAUUGUAAACAGCGGGAUGUGUUUCCCGCUCAUUACCAUCUGUUCAGUUAAUGUUCUUCAUUAUUUCAUCAGGGUGGUCUUAAACACGGGCUGCUCCCCAAAUGGCACCCUAUGCCCUUUUAUAGUGUUCUACUUUUGACCAGAGCCUUAUGAGCCCAGAAGUUCCCAAAGUAGUGCACUAUAUAGGGAUUAGGGUGUCGUGUGGAACGCAGCAACUAUCACACCAGGCAGACAAUGGUCGUGUCUGAAAUCUGUUUUGCCUGCUACUUACCAAAACGACAUACUGCGUACUAAUCAUUCUACAGUACAUACCAUUUAGAACGUACUGUUAAGUAAAAAUGUAUGCAGUUAGUGAACAACAAAUAUCUGAGAAUGCGUCAAGUAAUGCACAAUUUGUGUUUGUUAGAGUCCGUCCCCUUUUUCUGAUGAUCUGCUGUGGCUCUGAAAAGACAAUUCUCGUCCUCGAUAGCAUGCAGCUAUUCAUACUAGAUUAAAAGCCAAAAUGAAUACGACACCCUGGCAUUUAAAGCAAACAACAUUUUCGAAAUGUCACAUACUAUAAAACGUUCUAGUUUCGCAUACCUAAUCAGCCUGCUAUUUAGAACGCAAGUACAAAUAUUGGGACACGGCCGAUAUGUCUCCUCGCUACCAGUAGAACCUCUACUGUAGAAGGACUACUGGCAUCUGUCUGGUGGUUCAUGGCCAGAUGUAGGAUCAUAGAAAAAACGUCUCUCACUCAGAGUAAAUGAACCAGUCAUCUUAUAGGUGGGAAGGGUUCAGUUUGGGGUCCAUAAUCUUUCGCUUUGUUGUAGUCUAAUAUUACUGCUGUAAACGUACAACUCCAUAACACGAGUAUAUUCAAUAUGCAGUACUGUAUGACUUACUGUACUGUCCUGUUCAAGUCCUUCACCUCGCUAGCCAUCACAUUGACUGUACUGUAGAACUUAUUUUUCUCACCUAUGACAGGAAACUAAAAUGGAGAGAGUCUGCUCUGAGGAUCGGUUUCCUUGUGUGUUUGUGUUAAUCUUCCUGCCAAUUCUGUUUUACUUCCAUGUUUGCUACACUGCUAUUUAAUUUGUGCAAUACAAUAACGAUUGAAAACAUACUGUUGUACACGAUGCUAAUUAUUUAUAUGUAUAUGACAUACAAUAUCUAUAUCUGUGUGUAAUUGUCAUGGAAUUCUUGAGCUUGUCAAAAAAAGAGAAAGCUCAAUCUGAAAUGCACUUUAAAUGAUUGUGUUGAGAGACUUGGAACAUGAAGGAAUGAACUUGAAAACAUAUUGAACUGCUUUCUGUUUAGAUCUGGCUCCUUUUUGCUGUGAUAUCUGAGGUUAUGGAGUGGCUGAGCGCUCAAAUAAAGACUGCACCAAAUCUA